AUGUCUAAUCCGGAACAAAUAAAACAUGCUAUUGAAAUUCGUACAACAAAACCAUUUACAGAUCAAAAACCUGGUACAAGUGGAUUAAGAAAACCAACAAAAACAUUUAAAGCAAAUCAAUAUUUUGAAAAUUUUAUUCAAGCUUAUUUUGAUGAUUUAACUGAAACAAUGAAUGGUAAACCACCAACAUUAGUUGUUGGAGGUGAUGGAAGACAUUUUGUACGAGAAAGUGCUCAAAUUAUUAUUCAAAUGGCUGCUGCCAAUAAUAUUAAAAAAUUAUUGGUUGCACGAGAUGCAAAAAUGUCAACACCAGCUGUUUCAUGUGUAAUUCGAAAGUAUGGUACUGAUGGUGGAAUUGUUCUUACUGCAAGUCAUAAUCCGGGUGGUAUUGAUAAUGAUUUUGGUGUGAAAUUUAAUAUUGCAAAUGGAGGUCCCGCACCGGAAGCAGUAACGAAUAGUGUUUAUGAUAAAAGUCGUCAAUUAACAAAUAUUCGUCUUUGUCCAACAUUAACAAAUAUUGAUUUAUUAACACUUGGUAAACAUACAUAUGAAAUAGAAGGUCGUUCAAUACCAUUUGAAAUUGAAAUAAUUGAUUCUGUUGAUGAUUAUGUUCAAUUCAUGAAAGAAAUAUUUGAUUUUGAUAAAAUUCGAAAUUUACUCAAUGGAGAAAAAGGAAAAUUUCCAAUAAUGAUAAAUGCUUUAUCAGGUGUAAUGGGUCCAUAUGUUUUACGAAUAUUUCAUCAAGAAUUAAAUGCAAAAAAUGCAGUUACUGUUAAAAAUUGCGAAAAUUUAGAAGAUUUUGGUGGACAUCAUCCUGAUCCAAAUUUAACUUAUGCUCAUGAAUUAGUUGAAGAUAUGGAACAUGGAGAUUAUGAAUUUGGAGCUGCAUUUGAUGGAGAUGGAGAUCGUAAUAUGAUUUUAGGCAAAGGUGGAUUUUUUGUUACACCUUGUGAUUCAUUAGCUGUUUUAGCUGCUAAUCUUAAUGUUAUUCCAUAUUUUCAAAAGCAUGGUAUUCAUGGUUAUGCAAGAAGUAUGCCUACAUCUGGUGCAGUUGAUCGUGUGGCUGCAAAAAAUCAAAAAUUACUAUAUGAAGUUCCAACUGGUUGGAAAUUUUUUGGAAAUUUAAUGGAUUCAAAAUUAAUUUCAAUUUGUGGUGAAGAAUCAUUUGGAACAGGUUCUGAUCAUAUUCGAGAAAAAGAUGGUAUGUGGGCUGUACUUGCAUGGUUAUCAUUAUUAGCUAAUAUUGAUCGAUCUGUUGAAAAAAUUUUACAUGCACAUUGGAAUACAUAUGGACGAAAUUUUUUUACACGUUAUGAUUAUGAAGAAAUCGAUGGUCCUGGUCCAUUUUCAAUGUUGAAAAAACUUGAACAAAUGUGUAUGUCAAAUGAAUUAGUUAAUAAAUCAUUUAAUACACCCUAUGGAAAUAAACAAUAUACAAUUAAAAUAAUGGAUGAUUUUCAUUAUCAAGAUCCAGUUGAUGGAAGUUAUACAGAAAAACAAGGUAUUCGAAUUAUAUUUACUGAUGGUUCAAGAUUAGUUUUUCGUCUAAGUGGUACAGGUGCACGUGGUGCUACUGUUCGUCUUUAUGUUGAUUCAUAUGAAAAUAAUCCUUCGACUUAUACUAAAGAUGCACAGGAAAUGCUUAGACCAUUGGUUUCAUUAGGACUUGAAAUAGCUCAAUUGGAAGAAUUUACUGGACGUGACAAACCAACUGUGAUUACUUAA